ACACUACAUUCAAUAUGUGAAAAACAUUCAAUGAAGAGGUUCAAAACAACAUUCUUUAUGGAAUAUUCAGAAUCAAACGAACCCAAAACUGCAUAAUAAUGUCUGAAAAGCAUAGAAACCUUCCUCCCUGGAUGGUGAAGUCUGACGUUCAAAGAAACAAAGACAAUGAAGCGGUGAAGAAGAAAACGCGUGGUGAAACCACAAAAAGGAUAGCGAAGAAGCAGCUCAAAAGUGUCACGUACUUGAUGAACGAGCAGGAGCUCGUGGAAACGGCACUCCGCCUUUUGAAGGAUGAUGAGGCAUGUGCUAAAGAUGGAAUGCAAGCCCCAGAGGAGCUAAGGAUCAUUCCGGAGACAGAUGAAGACACUUCAGACUCGGACGUGCAGGACAGAACACAUGUUUCAAACAUUGCAGAGCAGGAGACUGUGCCAUAUGGAAACUGCAUGGAAGAAAGUAGCAGCACAAAACCAGCCUGCCAUCUGAAGCCUCCUUCUGAUGUUUCAGGAGCUUCCGAGAAGCAUGAUGCGGAUGAUGAGGCUCUAGAACUUGUGCGAGAGAUUUUUUUUUCCAAAUAAUUUAAACCUGAAGUCACAAAGUUUAGUGCUAGCAAACAUCAUUUUACCAAAUAUUUAAAGAGAUACUUCAUAAUUUAGUCAUCCUCAUGUCACUGCAAUCCUGCCUGUUUUUCUUCUGUGGAGCACAAAAGGUGAUAUUUUGAAGAAUGUCUUGGUCACUCUUUUCCAUUCAGUUACAGCCAAUGCCAGUUUUCAACCUUCAAAAAGGACAACAAAAAUAAUAAUAAUGAUGGCCAAAUAGCUCGGGUUUGGGAUAACAUGAGGGUGAGUAAAUUGUUUUUUGAUGCAUUCUUUCUUUUUACUUUUGUUUCUUUUUAAUAUUGCAAGCUCUGCUUUUCUUCAGGGAAUGAAAAUCUAGUUAUGAUUUGUAUGGGUUUAUUAUUCUGUUGGUUGAUGCCUGAACAAAGGAGAUUUCGGAUUUGUUUUGUAAACCAGCUGAUUCAUUUGCACACUUGCACUUUCUAGAGUCCUUUGAGUAAGACAGCAACAACUAAGAACAAAUGAGAAUG